UUAAGGCCUCAGACCACCCCACCCCUUUCCCUCUCGCCACCAUACUCACCAAGCACUCCAACAUCCUCUCUCUGCAGGAGAGAGCCCGUCUCCAUCCCUGCUGCUCGAGCUUUUGCUCGGCCCCGUCGCCGUUUGGUGAAGGGUGUCGCCGCGCGCACGCCAUCCUUUCCCUCCCUCUCUGUUGCGUCGAGCUCGCCUGGUUGUGCUCCCUCUCACUCGCUCUCUUUUCCUUCCAGGGGAUGCCAAGGACGCCGUCGGCUCGCCGUUGCUGUCUUGGUUGCGCUCGACCGCGGCAUCGUUCGGGACGCUGCAUGCAGGAGCUGGAGGCGGCCACCAGCUCUUCGCCCUUCUAUUCUUCCUCCAUAGCAGCUCUGACACCUCCACAUCGACCUGACCCAUCUUCAUUCUGGCCCAGGUUCUUGCCAAGGGAACACCGUAGCCAUGGUGCUGUUUGUACCGACGCAGCCACGUCUCCGUCCGCGCACGCGUCCGUCGGCCAGCCGUUGUUCGUGUCGUCGUCCGGGCGGUCUCCGGAGUCUGCGUCGAUCUUCGACGUCGCCUGGCAUCAGCUGCGCCGCCCCACGUAGUCGCCGUCGUCGAAGCUCCGGCACAGCUGCAGCUGUCCCCGAUGCGGAGCACGCCGCCGUCCGUGUCGUCCCCCUGGGGUCGCUCAAGCCGACCGAAGCGCCCAGGCAGGCCUCCGCUCGACCGCGAGGUCUUCCUCCCGUCGCCCCGCAUCACGCUGAAGCCCCACGAAUGCGAACGCUAUCAGAGAAGGAGAGGAUCUUGGUGAGGAUUUCGAAGAGGAAGGAAGAGAUGAUGGUUUGUGAAGAUGAAGUCCAGGGACAAAUAGCCAACCAAGACUUGGUGGAGUUCGACAGAUGAAGAAGGAGUUGACGACGUCUAUGCGAGCUAGGAACGUCUUCCCAGUCAGUUGCCUGUAGGGUUAUGGCAUGACUUGGGCCAUGCGAACGCUUUCGUCUGAACUAUUUCCGUUGUGUGAUUGUUGAUCUCCUGCCAUUGCGGCUCUUAUGUAAGUAUUGGUCAUGUGACCUGUUGUAAUAUUUUUAUUCGGUACUGUAAUGGAUGAUGUAUUUGAUACCAGUUCGGUUAUGCUUUCA